AUGUGCAGCUGGCAAGGCCUACGUGCCAAUAUCCUGCGCGAUACAAUCUACCUCGAUGGCGGGGAGCUAUGGUAUCAGAAAGGAUAUGACGACGGUUGCGUUGAGCCCCAGGCAGAUAACAAUUUGGAAGCCACCAUCUAUUAUCUGAACCUCACCAAUUCUUUCAACACUAAAUCCGAUUUUAUGAAUCUCCUCAGCAACAUGUCCGUUGCCGGCGGUGCUGCUAGCAUAGCCCCGAACUACGUUGAAGGCACGAUGUUUGCCAACGACAACGAGUUCUACCUCUAUGGAGGGAUGCACCAUAAUACUGAUAGCUCCGAUCCUCCGCCUGCUAACCAAGUCCUGUCGUACGCCGCGUACCAGUAUGGCGCCUAUAGAAGCGCAUGGGCGCCCGGUUGGAACCAAGAAUAUCUCACUACUAAUGUCACACGAUAUAUCACCAAUGGCGCUGCUGCGUCAGCUUCAAGAGAAAACUUAGGCUUUUACUUUAGCGGCAUGCGUGCGUCGGACUGGGGCGACUUCAAUAUAAAUCAGCUCCAAUCUAACCAGACUGCCGACACGUUAAUCACCCUGGACAUGUCGUCGAUGAGCAAUGGGAAGUGGACAAACAGCACACUGCCAAGCUAUAUUCCUGCUCGCUCUAACGCGGAACUGGUAUGGGUCCCUGUGUCCGAGUCUGGAGCUUUAGUGGCCAUUGGCGGAGUGGUUGAACCCAUUCAGUUUUUCCGGAAUGGAAAGGCAAACUCGACACGGACGGAAGAGAGCAAAAAGAUUAGCCCGACGUUUAUGGAGAAAGUCUCCGUCUUUGAUGUUGGGAGUGGAACCUGGUAUCUACAGAACACGACGGGUGAUAUCCCGCCACAGUUGACAGAGUUCUGCUCUGUGCUUGCUAGUGCGGCUGAUGGGUCAUCUCAUAAUAUCUACAUCUAUGGAGGAUACGAUGGUCUCAACUAUAACGCCAAUCCGUCGGAUGACGUGUAUAUAUUGUCUCUACCUUCCUUCAAGUGGGUCAAAGCAUACAACGGUACAAACACACACAGUCGCAGCGGUCACCAAUGCAUCAAGGCAUAUCCCAACCAAAUGCUGGCGGUUGGAGGACAGCAUGUCGACUCAACACAUUGCCUGGAGGGUGGUAUCAUUGUUAAUUUCAAUCUUAACACCCUGAGCUUCGAGGAUAAAUAUGAUCCCACAAAUUGGAGCGAGUAUAAAGUGCCAGAUCCCGUGACGAAACUGAUAGGCGGCAACUCCGAUGGAGGCGCAACCGCCACGGCCCCAGAAUCAUGGACCAACAGCUCUCUAGCGGGAGUUUUCGGCAAGAAGUAUAGCAAGUCUAUCGAGACAUAUUGGCCGUACAAUAGCACCAGCGGCAAUACCAGCACCAGUGCCUCCACACAAGAUCAUAAGGGGAGCAGCGGAUUCCCUGGCUGGGCUGGUGGAGUAAUUGGCGCGGUCUUGGGUCUGCUUGUGAUUGCAAUCCUUGCCGGACUCUGGUUUUAUCGCCGUCGUCAACGCCAACGCAAGUCCGCGGAAGUUGAAUCCGAAGCCGCAGGGGCUGAACCCAAAAGCCGUCCUCCAGAAUGGAUGUAUGCGGGCGGCCUAGCCUCCCCUGGACCUGGGCCAGUAUCAUCAUCGACAGGUAUGGAGACGGCGGAGACGGUGCGGACGACACAUACCACGGGAACACAGCCGUCGACAGCGCAGCAAUCGAUAACUCAGCCAUCCAUAACACAGGCUUCAACUGUGCCAGAUUCACUCGUCUCUCCCGCGACCCCUGGCACAGUGGAAUCAGGAGGAGAUGCGCUAUAUGAGAUGCAUGAUUCAUCACCCGUUGAGCUUCCCACGCCAUUCAAUGCCGCCUACUUCGCUCACGAUGGGCCUCCCAAACCCGAACCUGAACAUGGUGGGCCCAAAUCCGAUCUGAGACGAGGAUCCCAGUCUCCCGUCUCGCCACAGACUCCUAGUGAGACAGGCUCGGAGUACUCCUAUCCAGCAGGUCACACCCGGCGCCCGUCUUCACUAUCAUUAACUUCGCCAAUGUCGAUUGAAAACGUGAUGAGCGGUCGGUCGUCGCACUUUUAUGAAUCCUUUGAUAGUUUGGAUACCCGGCGAGCAGGUCAUCGAUCUGAGGUUUCCCAGUUGACUGAUAAUUUGCAAAAGGGGCGGAAAGGGGGUAAUGAGACGAUCCGGGAGGAUGAAUAG